CCCAGGCUGUCAGUUUCUGUCUGACAGGGACAGAGAGACGUCCCACUGAUCCAAACUCUCGUGAACUCAUCAAAAAUGGGAAAAAGGAAGAAGUAGAAGACCACAGAGACCAGAGCAGGUGUUGUACAGAUAGCAUGGAGUUAAAUUUAAGAGGAUUUGUAUUUUUGUUGGACAAAUGCAAGUUUCUGCAAAACAAUUUUAAAAGAAACUGUUGGAAUCAAAUCCAGGCGACGUCUUCCUCUCGUGGAUUUUGUGUUUAGUCGACACACUUUCUAACUGAACCAAGGUCUUGUGGAUUAUAACCGAAUUCUUUGGACAUUUUCAAUUCAACUGCAGCUCUAGGCCCACUGAAAGUGCCAUCAGCUGAUUUUUAGUUCCAGAUUUUGUAUCUGUGUUCAUUUUCGUCGUAAUUGUCACCUUAGGAAAGUUAAAUCUUUCUCUUUGGAGUCGAAGAUUUCAGUUCAACUUUUGGACUUUUUAAUUCCCUUGUUUCAUACGCUCUCUUUUAUCUAUUUGUUGCGUUAUAUAGAACAUGUCCAACAUGUUCUCAGAAGAGACUCAGAGUAGUCUUCAGUGAUGAGCGGCUGUUUUAAUGUUGGAAAUGUUACAUCCGAGUUUCAGUGAUUGGUCUCUACGUGAAUGGACUACACACGCCGCCCGGAGCUGAACACGCCGUCUCACCGCGUCGCUUAGAAGUGGAUCACAGAGUCAACACUCGGCCAAAGUAACCAUGGCGUCCCGAGGGAAGCCCAGCCAGGGCCGUGGCCUGUCCUAUCUGUUCCCUUGCUGCUACAGAGACAGCGACCAACCAGAGAUCACGGUGUGUGACAACAUGAACACCAUGGGGGUCCUGGAGCCCCGCCUGCCCAUGCCCCCCCCUCCAGAGCUGGACUCCAUGUUCACUGAGCUGGUGGAUGAACUGGACCUGACAGAUGAGAACAGAGCCACCAUGUUUUCUUUGCCAGCAGAGAAGAAAUGGCAGCUCUACUGCAGUAAGAAAAUGGAGGCCGAGGAGAAUAAAGGAGCAACCAGAUGGCCAGAGUAUUAUAUUGACCAGCUCAGGUCCAUGGCUGCUAGGAGGACUCUCCUGGCACAGGAGGACGAGGAAGAGCAGGGGAGACACACUAUCGUAGACGGUCUCAAGACAGCACUGCGAACGCAGCCAAUGAGGUUUGUGACGCGAUUUAUCGACCUGGAUGGCCUGUCUUGCAUCCUGAAUUUCCUGAAGUCAAUGGACUACGAGACCAGCAACUCUCAGGUCCACACGUCGCUGAUCGGCUGCAUCAAAGCUCUGAUGAACAACUCUCAGGGUAGAGCUCACGUCCUGGGUCACUGCGAGAGCAUUAACAUCAUCGCACAGAGUCUCACCACUGAAAGCAUCAAAACCAAGGUUGCGGUGUUAGAGAUCCUUGGUGCAGUAUGUUUGGUGCCAGGAGGCCACAAGAAAGUACUGGAAGCCAUGAUGCACUACCAGAAAUACGCCUCGGAGAGAACGCGCUUUCAGACCCUGCUGACAGACUUGGACAGGUCCACAGGCCGCUACAGAGAUGAAGUCAGUCUGAAGACCGCCAUCAUGUCCUUCAUCAACGCUGUGCUCAGCCAGGGACCAGGAGAGACCAGUUUGGAGUUCCGUGUCCAUUUGCGCUACGAGUUUCUGAUGUUGGGCAUUCAGCCGAUCAUUGACAAACUCCACUCCAAUGACAACGCCACCCUGAACAGACAUCUAGACUUCUUUGAGAUGUUGAGGAACGAAGACGAGCAUCAGAUGUCCAAACAGUUUGACGUUGUCCACAUAGAAACCAAAAGUGCCAGCCAGAUGUUUGAGCUGAUAAAGAGAAAUCUGAGCCACACUGAAGCUUACCCUCACCUGCUGUCGGCCCUGCAGCACUGUCUCCUCAUGACACGUAAGCAGAACCGCAACACUCUUCAGUACUGGGUGCUGUUGGACCGGAUAGUCCAGCAGCUGGUUCUGCAGACGGACAAAGGUGAAAACCCCGAUGUCGCUCCGCUGGAGGACUUCAACGUAAAAAACAUUGUACGCAUGCUCUGCAAGGAGAACGAGGUCAAUCAAUGGAAAGAACAAGCUGAUAAAAUGAGGAAAGAGCAUCAGAACUUACAGCAGCGCCUGGAGAAGAAAGAGAGGGAGUGUGAGGCCAAGAAUGAGGAGAAAGAAGAGAUGGUGGUGAUGCUGAACAAGAUGAAGGACAAACUGGAGCGAGAGAGUAACGACCACAAGCAGACCCGACUCCGAGUGGAAGAACUGUCGGCUCGGCUGCAGCAGCUCAGCUCGGUUUCUAGUGUUCCUGGUGGACCCCCUGUGACUUCUGGUAGUUUAUUUCCUCCUGGUCCUGUCCCGUUUUCCUCCUCUUCUCUUCCUCUUCCACCACCACCACCUCCUCCUCCUCCAGGAGGCCCACCAGGUUUUGGCGUGGCUCCUCUUGCUCCACCUCUUCCACUCGGACUUUCACUAGGACCUGCCCAGAAGAAGAACAUCCCUCAGCCGUCUAACCCCCUGAAGUCUUUCAACUGGAGCAAACUGCCCGAGAACAAGAUAAAUGGAACCAUCUGGAAAGAGAUCGACGAUGUCAAGGUGUUUAAAGUCCUGGAUCUGGACGAGCUCCAGAGGACCUUCUCCGCCUACCAGAAACCACAAAAGGACGCUGGGGACGAACUCGCUUUAGCGAAGAAGGUUAAGGAGCUGUCAGUAAUUGAUGGUCGCCGAGCUCAGAACUGUAACAUCCUGCUCUCACGGCUGAAGCUGACCAAUGAGGAGAUCCGCAAUGCAAUCCUGACCAUGGAUGAACAGGAAGACUUACCUAAAGACAUGCUGGAGCAGCUCCUGAAGUUUGUACCUGAGAAGAGUGACAUUGAGCUGUUAGAAGAACACAAGCAUGAGCUGGAACGUAUGGCCAAGGCUGACCGCUUCCUCUAUGACAUGAACAGCAUCAACCACUAUCAGCAGAGGCUCCAGGCUCUCUACUUCAAGAAGAAGUUUGCUGAACGAGUGGCUGAAGUCAAACCUAAAAUCCAAGCUCUGAGUCUCGCGUCCAGGGAGUUGCUGCAGAGCGGGUCGCUGCGUCAGCUCCUGGAGGUGGUUCUGGCCUUCGGGAACUACAUGAACAAAGGACAACGGGGAAACGCCUACGGAUUUCAAGUGUCCAGUCUCAACAAGAUAGCUGACACCAAGUCAAGCAUUGACAGUAUGACAGAGUUGGAGAAGGACAUGGGCAAUCUGAGAUCUGGCCUAAAAAGUGUUGAGGCGGAGCUGCAGUACCAGCAGGGCGAAUCCUCUAAGAGUCCUGCCGAUAAGUUUGUCCCUGUGGUCAGUCAGUUCAUCACUGUGGCUUCCUUCAGCUUCUCUGAAGUAGAGGAGUCUCUCAGUGAGGCCAAAGAAGUGUUUGAAAAGGCCCUGAGUCAUUUUGGAGAAGAGCCGUCCAACCUGCAGCCGGAUACGUUCUUUGGGAUCUUCAACACUUUCCUCGCAGCUUUCUCAGAGGCCGAGCAGGACAACGAGAACAUGGCCCGACGCAAGGAGGAGGAGGAGAGACGGGCUCUCUUGGAUGCACAGCUGAAGAAAGACCGGGAACAGAAGGCGAGGAAAGCCAAAGCCAAUGAAGAGGAGGAGGACGGUGAGUUUGAUGACUUGGUGUCCGCCCUGCGCUCCGGAGAGGUGUUUGAAAAGGAUCUGUCCAAAAUGGACCGCAGGAGACAGCGGAGAGGUAACUUGGUGGACGUCGGUCGGGAGAGACCCGUUUCGAAGCUGAACCAGUAACAGCACACCGUCUAACCCUCUGAACGGGUCGUGUCGUUGGCACAGUGACAAGCAGACGCUACAGAUGUUACAAUGUAAUUUAUAAACCAUCAUGAAUGUAUUUUAAUGUAUUGACCUGAAGCAGAACACUGUUCCUUUUUGUGCUGUUAUAAUUAUUGAAUAAGAAUAUUGAUAAUUUACCAAAACAGUCUGUAUGCUUUGACCAGUUUUGAGGAGUUUUAUGUUCUUUACUUAGACAAAAACGAGAAAGAGAAUAGUUACAAAAAGCCACAUAUGUUCUCAGAUAUGUGAUAAUUUAUCAUGUUAUAAUAACCCUUGUAUAUUUGCACUAGUUUGCACAUCUGGUUCAUUUGUAAGUUCUUUCAGAAUUGUAAACAAAAGGAAAUCUAUCUGUUCAUCCUCAUAAAAACAUGAAUCGGUCAAUGUCAAAUUAAUAACCUACCAAAUAAAAAAACUAGGAUUUAGUAACUGUCAUAUUCAAGUUACUUUAAACAACAGUUUGUAAAUAUGAGCACAAUUGUAUCCUGCAGAAAUUGCAUUAAUUGCACUAAUGUAUUAAUUUUUAAUAUUUCAAAUUAUUUUGAACCAAACACUUUUUUAUUUUUGGGGCGGAUUGCAUUGAAAAAAAAAGAAGAUAAUUAUAAUUGUUUUUCUCUAAAUAACCGUCCAUACCAAGAAAUUUAGCUAAUACAAGAACAACGUGAGCAUCUUCGGAUCCGUGGAUGAACGAUACCGCUCUGUCAAAAGUGGAGUUGAGAUGGAUUUUGAUUGGCUGUCAGUGUUUGUUUUUUCUUUUUUGAAAAUGUCCUCAAGCUGAUCCCAACUGUCGUCGUCAUAGUUGGGUUGUGGACUCCAUCAUUCACUUGAUUCAAUUUUUCAAGCAAUACAAUGCACAUAAGGUGAAAAUCCCAUGAAUCGGGGAGAAUUGAGAAUGUGUUGAUCCAUUUGCAAACUACGUUGCAAAUAUAUACUUGAACGCAUAAUUGCUUAAGUGUAGAAUGAAAAGAACAUUCUAUAGUUUAUGUAAUGUUGAAAGUAAGACGUUAGAACAACAACAUAAAAGACAUGCAUCCUAGGUAGGACUACAGUUGAAAAACAGCCAAUUGGCUCACACUGGCGCAUUUACAGAAAUGUUCAUUAAUAAGCAUUGUCCUAAUCAAGUAAAUAAGAUAAAUAACCAAACGGCGCUAUAUCAACGUUGAUUGGCUUUGCAAAAUUUGAACCAAAUUCACCCAGGGAUUAAGACGUGAUUAGAUUAAUACGUUGAAAAGAACAAUGUUGUCAUAUGAACAUUUAUUCACUUUGCAAAAUCAAAACUAAAUUCAACCUUGGUCCCUGUCGUUGUUUCAACUGUGAAUAAACCUUGAAAUGCCGUCUGGGAAUAUAUUUAUUGUUGUAGUUGUUGGUGUGAACGGUUCUUAACCAAGGAUCAGUAUUAUCAGUUGAAACAGGUAUAAAUACAAAUAUCCAGUUGUGUUAUUUAAAAGAAUUACAGCCCCUAAAAUAGUCCAUAUAUAUACACUCUAAGAAAUAACUGUAAAUUAACAGUUUUAUGACUGCAAAUUUUAACAGAAAUUGUCCCUUGUACGUGAUUCACAGGUAUAUUUCUGUUAAUUUACAAUAUAACAGAAAGUGUGUGUUUUCUUUUUUUUACCAUUGACACAGUUAUUUAACUGUUUUUUAAGCACAGUAGAAAGUCCAGGUAAUGAGCUGCCAGUACUGUUUCUGUUAUUUUACGGAUUUAUUUCUUAGAGUGUAGACCAGACAUCAUGCGUCUAACGCUAGCGUUUCAAUCAAAUACGUGUAGACGUCCAGAUAACCAAUAGUUGGGUCAUUAGUCCACAAUGUUUGAAGCAGAGCCCCAUUCAUUCCUAAUGGAGUUAAUCUGUGGCUAAUAAAGCCAAAAAACCUUUAACUUCCUCGUAUUAAAUGGUCUGAUUCUGGCGAUGCAUUCGCCCAUAAUGCAGACGCAUUAGAGAUCCCCUAAAUCUAGAUUUCCCAAAUGUUAUCAGAGCAAAUGGAUCCAAUUCUGAGAGUAAAACGCAUCAUGGUUUUUGGGUUGUGAAGCUCGAAAAAAACGAUCCACUGAUUUACAAACUUCUCUUUUGCCAUGUAAGUCCAUGGGGAAAAUAAUUUUUGGCCCCAACUGCACCACAUAGAAUUUGUAAUUCCAUUGUUUGGCCAAUAUGUCAAAUUGGUUUCAUAGUCCUGUGCAGGAUCUUCGGUUUCCUCCUCAAAAAUGGCGCGUCCAUGGCGUUAUGCAAAGUAGCCGUAUGUGCCGGUCUGAUCUCUGUGUGACCAUGUGUUGGUGAAUAAGCUGAGGAAUGAGUCUGAGGAUGCAGAUUUAGCGCUCUGUUUUUGUGUUGCUGCUUAUUUUGACAAUGAGUAUGAUGUCCUAGGUUUAAUAGUGAA